CCCACACUAUAAAGUAGCUCAGGUACUAUCUUUGCUUCUCACUGACGCAUAUUCUCUCUCUUUUCUUCACUCCCCUCCCUUCCCCAAUCCCUCUCUGUCUGCAUACUACGGCGACGCUCGUGAUACCACUUCCCGGCGAGUUCACCGCAGAACUCCUUUAUCUGGCGAUCCGUCGUCAUUUUUGGGCGACUAAAGUGUCAGACUAUAAGUGACCAAGCCAGUUAUUUCAUGCAAAGAUGAGUUUGAGCAAAGGGAGUGGAAAGCCUUUCAGUGCUGGUACUACUGACUUACUAAAGGAAAAAGGCACAUCUGAAGUCUUUAGUCCUCAGGUUGAUCAAUUGAGUCAUGGCGUGGAGGACUUGAGCCUGAAUUCUUCACAGGAUGAUGGGUGGGAGGUUUAUGCAAAGAAGUCCAAGAAUAGAGCAGGAAGCAGUGCUGCAAAACCAUGGAGUUCUCAGAACUCCAAUGCUAAAGCAUGGGGUCAUCCAGAUGGUCUCAAGUUGGGUGGUAUGCGAAGUAACAAUGGAUCAGGAAAGGGUCCUAACAAUGCCUGGCCAACACCAACUGCUGAUUCUAGAAGACCUGCUGGAAGAGGAAAUGCAAGGCCACAAUCAUCUAACCGAGGUUUUGAGAGCAACUAUGUUGCUUCACCAACUGCAAUUCCUCCUCCCCUGGUGCAUGGGUGGAAGUGGUCAUCUAGAGCUGCAUCCUCUUCUGACGAUGGCAUGGGCAAAAAGGAAGUUUCCACAAAUGAUGGUGAGAAUGACAUGGUUGAUGAUGAUGGCGACUCAGAUGCAAUUGAUGACACAGAUGAUGAACUUCUAAGCGAUGGCUUUGAUUCAGAUGAAAGCCAGAAAAGCCAUGAGACACGAAAGAGGAGCAGGUGGUUCAAGGAAUUUUUUGAAACUUUGGAUAAUCUGAAUGUUGAGCAGAUCAAUGAACCGGAAAGACAGUGGCAUUGCCCAGCUUGCCAAGGUGGCCCUGGUGCUAUCAACUGGUACCGUGGUCUGCAGCCUCUUAUGACACAUGCCAAAACCAAAGGAUCAAAAAGGGCAAAGAUCCACAGAGAACUUGCAGAACUUUUGGAUGAAGAAUUGCGUAGGAAGGGAACUUCGGUCAUGCCAACUGGUGAAGUUUAUGGCAAAUGGAAGGGCUUAAAAGAAACAAACAUAGACAAAGAAAUAGUUUGGCCACCAAUGGUAGUCAUCAUGAACACCAGACAUGACAAGGAUGAAAAUGACAAGUGGAUUGGUAUGGGGAAUCAAGAGCUUCUCGAAUACUUCGACUCUUAUGCUGCAGCCAAGGCUAGACAUUCCUAUGGUCCACAGGGGCACCGGGGGAUGAGUGUUCUGAUAUUUGAGGCCUCUGCUAUGGGUUAUUUAGAGGCUGAGCGGUUGAGUACCCAUUUAAAAGAAGAUGGAAAAGAUAGGGAAGCUUGGGAUCGUAAUCGGGUGCCGUUCUAUACUGGUACUGGUGGAAAGCGCCAACUUUAUGGUUACAUGGCUGAGAAAAGAGACUUGGAUUACUUCAACCAGCAUGCCCAAGGGAAAUCGAAACUGAAGUUUGAUAUUCGGUCAUACCAAGAGAUGGUAGUAAGCCAAAUGAAGCAAAUGAGUGAGGAUAAUCAGCAGCUCAUUUGGUUUAAGAACACAGCUGUCAAAGAACAGAAGCGGUCAGAAGUUCUAGAAAAGUCUCUUGCUGUGGUGGCUAAAAAGCUGUCCAAAACAUUGGAGGAGAAUCGAAUAGUGAGACAAAGAACCAAAAUGCAUCAUGAACAGAACAAAGAGGAGAUGGACUUUCAAGAACAAUUCUUCAAGGAUCAGAUCAAGAUCAUUCAUGAAGCGCGAGAUGCCAAGGAAGACAACUUUGAGAAGAUUCAGCAGGAUGAGCGUGAAAAGGUGAAACAAUCCACUGGAAAUCAUACUUCUAACGAAGAUUAUCACGGCAGGGCCGAGGAAAUUGCAAAAUUUAUCAAAUUUCAGGAUAAAGAGAUUCAAGAAUUUGUGGAAGAAAGGGAGAAGCUGAUUAAAAUUCAUGGAGAUAAUAUUGCUGAAAUGAAGCGGAGGCAUUGGGAGGAAGAACUUAAGCUAGAGGAGGAGUUUAAUACUGAACUGAAUCGGCUGAUGGAAAAGUACACUCCACAUCGCUCCGAGGACAGCGACAGCAACAAUUAGUAAUACGGUGAGAUGUUCGGCGCGAGAGUGAGAGAGUACUUAAAUACUCUAACUCCAAAUUGCUGAGAAACUUGGAACAUCCUUGAAGUUUCCUCCUUUGCUUUACAAUACUUCCAUAGCUGGAAAAGAAAAAGCUCCUUCAACUAUUUCGUAGCAAAUGUACUCCGACUUUUGUCUGAUGAUGCUUUGAAUGGUGGUUUUGAUAAUUCUGGUGGAAUUUAUCUGGUUUACUUUUUAUUGGUUUGUGAUGGUUAUCUUUCUUCAUCAUUUUAUGGAGAAAUCAUUCUUUCCUAUAAUUGUUCGUUUUGCAAGGUGCAUACAUUCUCCGAGUGGCAGAACUAGGCGGAUUUGAGUCGUUAAAGUUUAAUGUCAAUUUUGUUGAGUUCAAUCGUCAAUGUUAAAGUAGGACUCGAGAAUUUCCUUGUACGAAACCCUUGUCUGGAUUGCACUUUUAGGAAUGACAUCAUUUUGGGAAAGUGAGGUCUAUGACUAAGAAGUCUGAC